AUGGCGAUAACUAGAUUGUAAUCAUAAUUAUUUUGUUUUCAAUCUCAAUGAACAAACUGUGUUAUUUAUGUCUUAAAAUACAAUUAGAAACUUAAUAACUACGUAACUAAAUAAAGUGUUCAUACUCACAAGUUAUAAAUUUAACGUUCAUCUUAAAAAUGUUGUCUGGCAGACCUCGAUUCAUAAAACCGGGCAAUGACCCACUCUAUCCAGCCAGAAACAAAGAUGGCGGAGUAGAGAUACUGAUAAACCCAAACACAGACUCUGCGCUGACCACAGAUAGUGAUGCAAAGACUAAUUUUGUCUAUAAUCGGUAUCAUCAUCUACCAUUGACUAGUCAGAGACAGAAGCUGCCGGUGUUCCAGUAUAGGAACCACAUAUUGUAUUUGUUGGAGAAGUAUCAGGCUUUGAUACUUAUCGGAGAAACUGGUUGCGGGAAGUCGACACAAGUGCCACAGUACCUCCACGAGAUCGGACAUAAAGUAGUAGUAACGCAACCACGAGUAGCGGCCGCGGCAUCAUUAGCGGCCAGGGUGGCUGAGGAAAUUGGUGAGCCGCUGGGCGAGUGCGUCGGCUAUGCUGCCGGCAUGACUAGUCUGCGCUCACCGCAUUCUAGUAUUGUGUUCAUGACGGAAGGCGUGUUGCUGCGAGAAAUGUUCGCGUCUCCACUUCUGAUGCAGUAUUCGGUCGUUGUUUUGGACGAGGUCCACGAAAGAUCGCAAAUGACAGAUGUGCUGAUGGGUCUGCUCAAGAAAAUAGCCAAAAAACGGAAAAACCUGAAGAUCGUCGUGUCAUCUGCUACAAUGGAUGCUGAAUUCCUGAAGGAUUUCUUCAAUCUGACAGACAAGAGAGAGAGGGAGAAACCUUCCACCUCUGUCAUCAUGUCCAUGCAGGGCCGGACUCACCCUAUUGACGUUUUUUAUACCCAAGAUCCGGUGCCGGACUACGUGAAAGCUACAGUAGACACAGUCAUCAAGAUACAUGAAAACGAACCUUUUGGAGAUAUACUAGCGUUUCUCACUUCACAGGAAGAAAUACUAACAGCAUUAGAAACAUUACAACUAUACGCAGAACAGAACAACGAAAAGAACAAAUACAGGAAACAGUUCCCGAGCGGCGUACAGGCGGCGAAUUUAUCCAUUCUACCAAUGUAUGGCAGUCUGCCACACCACAAGCAGAUCAAAGUGUUUCAAAUGGCGGACAAAAAUGUCAGAAAAGUGGUCUUAGCGACUAACAUAGCGGAAACUAGCGUCACUAUACCCGGGAUUGUUUAUGGUGAGUUUUACUCUAAUUCAGUAUUAACUAGAAUUUAUCCAUUCUACCAAUGUAUGGCAGUCUGCCGCACUAAGGCAAAUCAAAGUGUUUCAAAUGGCAGACAAGAAUGUUAG